UUUUUUUUUUUAUUUAUUUAAUUUUUGCACUCAAAGGAAAAACAUGGCGGAGGAGCUACCACUGCCGAUGUUUUCCUCCCAAAGAUCCGACUUUGUAAGAAAGAUUCUUACAUUUUUAUAUGUAUUCCUGUUCACCACAACAGAUAUUUUUAUUUCCAAGGUUGAGUCUUCAAAAAUAGAUGCAAAAAUUUACAAGACUCUUAACUACUAUCAACCAUGUGUUCUUCUUACAAACGCUACUCAUCAAGUUGGAUGUACAUCUGCUAUGGAUGGAAAUCGAGGUGUGGUACAUUUGAUAAAUGAUGAGAAAGACCUGAAUUGGAUGUUAAAUCUGGGGCCACACAAACCUUACAUUCCCAUACUUAAUAGAUCCAUGUUUACAGAACCAGUUAUGUCGAAAUUAAUGGCUUCAAAAAAGAUUUCCGGUGCUCUUGUUCUUCAUAUAAACGAAUCUGAAUCUCUCAGCGAAGGUUUCUCUCCUGAUUCUACAUGUCCAAUGGAUAAAUUUGGCAUAUAUGGUGAACACAAAGAAUAUGGAAGCUGUAAAAAAGUGACCUGGAAUCCUUUGGGAAGUGAUAUGUCUAUGCUUUAUUAUGGCAUUCCGAUCUUUUUGCUGACUAAUAAAGAUGAAAUUGAUGCUCUUGUUAAGUGCUAUAACACCAACAACAAACCUAUUAAUAGCACUGCUCAAACCUAUCCCUUAUGUGCUGUGGAAAUGAAAGAUUUUAUGUUCGGUGCGAAAGAUACACCAACCUGUCGUCGAAAAACAGAUAUAUUUAAUCUCAUUGGAAGUACCUACUGUGAUCCUCUAGCAGAUAAUAAUGUGUAUGGAACUCUGUAUCCUUUGGUUGGAAAUAUUGGAAAUGAUGAUAUUGUUGUAGCAGCAACUCGAAUGGAUAGCACAGCAUUCUUUCACGACUUUGGGCCAGCAGCAGAUAACGGGGUGACUGGGAUUGUAACGUUAUUAGCUGCUGCUAAAGCUCUUGGAGAUUAUAAAAGACAGUUGUUGGCCACCAACAGAACAGACAAUUUAAAACCCAUUAUGUUUACAUUUUUCAACGGAGAAGUAUGGGACUAUAUUGGCUCAUCGAGAAUGGUUUGGGACAUGGAGCGUGAUAAUUUUCCUUAUCCUGGCAAUAACCCUCAUGAUGGUAAUGACGUAAAAGUGAAUGACAACGUCUACACAAGCAAAAUAAAACUGUCAAACAUUGGUUAUUUUAUCGAGAUUGGACAAGUCGGUUUGGGUAAAGAUGGAAAAAUAUUUGCGCAUUCUGAUCCUAUAUCUCAAAAUAAAUCUUCUGUGAAAGAUAAGGUUGCCGCCAUCAUCGAUGCGUUAAACGUUGCUGCAGCUAACGCCAGUGCUCCCCCACCUGGUGUUCCAAAAAAUCAACCUCUCCCACCAGCCUCCUUUCAGAGGUUUUUGCGAUCGAGGGCUAUACCUGGUGUUGUGUUGACAGAUCACGAAAAAGAAUUUGCAAAUAAAUAUUAUAACAGUCGUUUUGAUAAUAGUGAGAACUUGAAAAUUAACCUGCAGUUUGAGCAAAACGAAACGCUCUCAACUAUAAUUGGGCGCAUAAAAGGGGCGUUAGUAAAGCAGUUGAAGAGCACAUCGGAGGCUUUAGCUAACACUUUGUAUCGACUCGCUUCCAACGGCAAAGCACCUAAGGAGAACAUCACGGUGCCGAUUAAUAUUACGGCAAAUCUAUUGUACUGCUUGCUCUAUUCGGCAAAUUGUCCAGCUUUUAAAGAAAUAUUACCUAAAAAAAGUUCACCAUUACCUAACCAACCUUAUUCACGGUACAUCAGCGUAAAUCAGAUACAAAAUCCGGUGACACAGUUCAUCAAUCGGUUAUUAGCAUAUUACACUGGUGAGGAGUUACCAGAAAAAGAAUGUAACGGCAAGACAGGGAAUUCGUUUCCCAAGGCGCUAUCGUAUACCGUAAUGAAGGGUAGAGGCGAGUACAUCUGCGUCCGUGCUAGCACCUACAUGACUAUAGCACAAUCUCCUGCUUUUGAAAUAAACGAUCACGACUCAACCGAGUAUUCCACGUGGGCUGAAAGCAUGUGGAGUGGUGAAAUGGGCGUCCAAAUGUUUCUUGUGGCAAACCCUACGUCGGAGGUCAUCGUAUUAGUGACCGGUCUUGUCAUGUUGGUGUUGCCUUUCUUAUUGGUUUUAUUUUGUUAUAAGAAGUCCGAUGUGCUAUUUACACCAGACAUUAUGAUCAUUCGCAGUUAACUAACCAAAUUUAUAGAUGAAUAUUUAUAUUUUUGUUGUCCCUCUUUGUUGUUGUCACCGCUUGAGGGACCACACACGAAAAAGAUUUCUCCAUGCGCAGGUGAAAUGCGCCAGUACGUUAAAAUCAAGAACUUCAUCGAUUUAUAGACACAUGAUACAAAGGUGGUCAUUUUUACUGAUUCGAUGCUGGUCAUUAUUCAAGAUGGUAGACGUUGAUAUUGUUUUAUAUAAAACUGCUAGUUUUUAUAAAAAUUAUGUAACUAAAAACUGCAUGACAAUUUGCACUCGUGUAAAGAUUUUUAAUUUGUUAGAAAUGGAUGAAGUAAAAACUUUUGUCUUCGAGCAAGGGUGAAAAAUUACUUAGAUUGCUCAAAAUGUGCCGUAUAUAUAAAAAAGGUCAUGUGACUUUAAGAGUCCGAGAUAAAAUACCGAAAUUCAAACUUUACCUUGAAAAAGUGUACUUAAUUACAACUUGACAGAACUUGACUUCCAAAACCUCCACGGUUAUAAACUUUCAAAAAACUUUAUCGCUUCUUGCUUGGUUUUUACUAAUGUUUAAGUACGCAAAGAUUCUAAAUUUGGUAAUUCACGGAAGUUUAAAAAGUCACUCAUAUUUCUUACUGGAAAAUAAUUUUCUUUUAAGAAUGUUUAGGGUUUUUUUUUUUAGUGCUGAAUUCUUCAAGAAUAUAAUAUAAUGGAAUAAAUAUUCGCGAGAAUCAAAUUUCGCAAAUUUUUUGGCUUUUCGCGAAAUACUUUAAUUGUCACUAUCGCUUUUUGCAAAAAUAUUUUUCUCUCUUCCAAAACCUCGUUAUUAGAAUAAGUCAUUUAAGUAAUUUUUGACCUCACUACGCCAUGUUUUUAUAUUUUGAUAACAAAAUUUUCAUGAUAAGGACGUAUUGGUGAUAAUUUUCGUCAAAAUGGGAAAGCAUUGGCUCCAGUAAAAAAAAGUUAGACAAUUUUGCAAAUAAAAUUACUGUUACUGUAUAUGAUGGAUGUUCACUAAUUAAGGAAAAUGACAUCUGAUGUUAAAAGUUGUAUUAUUUCUGGUUGGAAGGUUGAUUGUAGUUUUCA